AUGCUGCUCUUCGACAGGUGCACCACCCUCAAGAUAAGUGACUUUGGCAGCUGGAAGAUUUUUGACUUGAGCAAGGAGGAAUUGCAGUCGGUAACUCAGGGCUGCCCUUUACGUGUCACUGGAGGUACAGCAGAUGGGAGGACACGUGGACUGCGGCGGCCACUAUUGCACCGACACUAUCACAGCAAGUGCGUUAAUGUUGGAGGCACGGAUCCAAUUACCCGACGUCGAUUUCUUCCUACUCUGACUUUUGAGUGUGUUGCCAUGCUUCCGCAAGAAGUGCCGCCGUGUUCCGUGUCCGCUGCUCUGAUAUCAGUAAAUGUUCGUCUAGAAUGUCCUGUUCUGUGA